UUAGACCUAUUCUUCAUUGGAAGUCCACAUACUAUCUCCUUGGAAGAUAUCUCUCCCAUCUCCUCUCUCUGGUGCCUGGAGUUUCUCGCUAUGGCCACCCCUGUUCCCAGUAUAAAUACUUACGGUUCACUUUCAGUUGUGCAUGAUGUGUAUUUGAGUUUCAGAAGUGCAGAUACUCGCAAAACAUUUGUGGAUCCUCUCUGCACAGCCAUCAACUCAGACGGAAUCUCCACAUUUUUCUACGACAGUGAGCUGCAAGGUGGAGAAGAAAUGUCCUCAUCAGUUUCCCCCGCGAUCGAGGUGUCAAAGAUCAUAAUUGUUGUUCUUUCUACAAACUAUGCUUCUUCUACGUGGUGCCUGGACGAGCUUGUCCAGAUCCUUGAAUCAAAGAAGAGAACAACCAAGCAGAAGGUCUUUCCGGUAUUUUAUGAAGUUGAUCCAGCAGAUGUGCGCCAACAAACCGGUGAAUUUGGCGCCGCUUUCAGUAAACAUACGGACAUGAAGAACUCGAGGGAGGUAGAAACUUGGAAAAAUGCAUUGGCUGCAAUAGGAUGCCUUCCUGGAAAUACUCUGCCCAUUUUAGCAAGCAGAACGGAACUGCAACUAGACUUUCCCGGAGGAGAAGGUACUCUGUCUGACAUCAAAGUGUUACAUGGCCUAAAGGAAAAGGUUAUACCCCACUCGAAAGUUUUGGCAGCAAAGGACCUCAGAGUCAUGCAUAUAGAUCCCAAACAAACUGAUAUUCCAGAUAAUUUAAGCUUCCCUGAUCUUGAAAAGUUGUUCAUGCGAUCAAACCUUGGCUUGAUAUAUACUCCCAUGCCAUUCUUUGAGAGAAUGCCAGUCCUUAAAGUCCUAGAUAUGUCAAGAUCAAGUAUAAGAACUCUGCCCCCUUCGGUUUCCAAUUUGAUUAAACUGGAAGAACUAAUAUUGCGAAAUUGUGAACUUCUGGUGGAACUGCCACAUGAAAUCAGCGCACUUGGGAGUCUCAAGGUAUUGGAUCUGACAAACUGUAAAAGUUUGACAAAGCUACCAGAAAGUACGAGGAAGCUGAAAUCCCUUGAAUAUCUGAAUCUCUCUGGUUGUACAAAUUUGGUUGAAAUUCCUCAGUCUAUUCAUUUUCCGCAGACACUGUCUUUUCUAGAUCUAAGAAAUUGUAAAAGUUUGACAAGGCUUCCUAAAAGCAUCACUAAGCUGAGAUUUUUAAACUUUCUUUAUCUCUCAGGAUGCACAAAGUUGGCAGAGAUUUCUGAUUCUAUUAAAUUCCCACAGAGUAUCUCUUCACUGGAAUUAACAGGUUGUAAAAGUCUAAGAAAGCUGCCAGAAAGCAUAAGUAGGCUGAGAUCUCUUGAAUAUCUGAAUCUUGAUGAUUGUACCAAUUUGGCUGAAAUUCCAGAGUCUUUUCAAUUGCCUGAGAGACUGUCUGCAUUGAAUCUACUAAAUUGUAGAAGUUUGACAAAGCUACCAAAAAGUAUUGGUAAGUUGAGAUAUCUUCAAUAUCUGAAUCUCGCUGGUUGCUCUGGUUUAUGUGAUGUUCCAAAUAUGUUCUUUGUGCAAAUGCCGACCCUCAAAGUCCUAGAUAUGUCAAGUACAAGUAUAAAAUUUUUGCCACCUUCUGUUUCCAAAUUGAUCGGAUUAGAAGAACUCAUUUUGCGACGUUGUGAGCUUCUGAUGGAGCUACCACAUGAAAUCGGCGCACUUGGAAAUCUCAAGGUAUUGGAUCUAUUUGGUUGUACAAAUUUGGCUAAAGUUCCCGAGUCUAUAGAAUUUUCUCAGAGUCUCUCUUCAGUGGACCUAACAAAUUGUAAAUGUUUGCAAAAGCUACCAGAAAGCAUCAGUAAGCUGAGAUCCCUUCAAUUUCUGAAUCUAUCUGGUUGUACAAAUUUGGAUGAAUUCCCGGAGUCUAUUGCUUUUCCCCAGAGUCUCUGUUUCCUGGAUCUAACAGAUUGUAAAAAAUUGACUAAACUACCAGAAAGUAUAAGUAAGCUGAGAUCCCUUAAUUUUCUCUCUCUCUCUGGUUGUACAAAUUUGUCCAAAAAUUCCAAGUCAAUUAAUUUUCCUCGGAGUCUCUCUUUCCUGGAUCUAAGAGAUUUCACAAGUUUGGUCACGCUACCAGAAAGUACAAGUAAGCUGAGAUCACUUAAAUAUCUCUAUCUCUCUGGCUGUACAAAUUUGGCAGAAAUUCUAGAGUCUGUUCGUUUUCCUCAAAGUCUCGCUUUACUGGACCUAACGGAUUGUAUAAGUUUGACAAAGCUGCCAGAAAGUACAUAUAAGCUGAGAUACCUUGAAAAACUCAGUCUCCGUGGUUGUUCAAGUCUAUCUGAGGUUCCAACUUCAUUCUUUGAGCGAAUGUCGGCUCUUAAAGUCCUAGAUAUGUCAAGCACAGGUGUGAAAACUCUGCCACCGUCUGUUUCCAAAUUGCUUAAACUGGAAGAACUCAUUUUGCGACAUUGUGAACUUCUAACAGAGCUACCACAUGAAAUCAGUGCACUUAAGAAUCUCAAAAGUUUGGAUCUUACAGGUUGUACAACUUUGGCAAAGCUGCCAGAAAGUAAAAAUAAGCUGAUAUCUCUUCAUGAACUGAAUCUCUCUGGUUGCUUUAGCCUAUCUGAUGUCCCAAAUUUAUUCUUUGUGCAAAUGCGGAACCUUAGGGUUCUAGAUAUGUCGAGCACAAGUAUAAAAACUUUGCCACUCUCUGCUUCCAAAUUGAUCAAACUGAGAGAACUCCUUUUGCGAAAUUGUGAACUUCUGAUGGAGCUACCCCAUGAAAUCGGUGCACUUGGGAAUCUCAAGGUAUUAGAUUUAGAAGGAAUUAAUCUUGUUUGUUUGCCAAAGGAAGUUGGAGAGCUUAAUAAGUUAAGGUGUUUGAAGGUUUCUCUGUAUGAUGCUGUGAGCUACAGAAAAAGCAAGAGGAUAAUUGAUAUAAUUCCCAGGACAGAAUUAGCAAAGCUUACUCAGUUGGAAGAGCUAAGCAUCACUUAUGAUCCACAGGAUAUAUGGUGCUAUGCUGCAGUGGAAGAUACUAUGGAAGACUUGCCUAGCCUCAGAAAGCUGAAAACUCUGAAGUUGUAUUUGCCAACUACAGUACUUCUCCAGAAACUCCUUGGACUUAGGUGGAAAAAUGAUGACUUGUCUAUUUACCAGAAUUUAUCAAACUUCACCUUCAUCAUUGGUCCUGAAGCUCAGCGUUUCAUAACACGUCUACCAUGUGGCCUCGAAGAGGAGUUCCUGAAGUUAAAGAAAUGCUUGAAAUAUAGUAAUGGCAAAGACAACACAACUGCGUUUCCAGAAGCUCUAAAACAUGCCAAUGCUUUGUAUCUCGAUCGUCACUGGACUAUUCAAAAGCUCUCCAUCUUCAAAUUAGACGAAUUACAUAAGCUGAAAUUCUGCUUGUUGGUGGACUGCAAUGAGAUGCAAACGGUUUUUGAUGAAAGUGACUUUUCCCACGGGGUAGCUAAAAAAGGAGACAAUUUUCAUUCAUUGCAGUACUUGGCCAUUCAUUACCUAAUGAAUCUAGAGGUAAUCUGGAGAGGGCUGGAUGUUGAUUGUUUCUUGCAGUCUUUAAAGGUACUGGUUCUGCAUACGUGCCCAAACUUGCAUACCAUUUUUCCCAAGGUUAUACAAGGAGAUCUUGUGAACUUGGAAGAGAUGGUAGUUGAAGAUUGCCCCAAAAUCAAAACUCUGACAGAUGCAGACUUAUCUCUCCCAGGAUUGAAAAAUUUAUCACUUGUGUACUUGCCUGAGUUGGUGAGCAUAUCUAGUGGCUUGAGCAUUGGCCCAAAACUAGAAAACAUCGUAAUUUAUGAUUGCCCAAAUUUGAAAAGACUUCCUUGUUUAGGAGAGUGCAGUAAAGAGGUGGUCGAAAUUCAAGGAGAGAGUGACUGGUGGAAUGCUUUAGAAUGGAGCAGCAGCAGCCAACCUUACGCUUUUUCUGAACUAGACAUAGAUGGAGAUUUGCUGGAUGAGUUGGCGCCAAGGUUUAAAGAUUCCCUUCACCUCUUGUAAAAGCAUACAAUGCCAAUUAUAAACACCUGUAGAUAGUACACCAGAUUCCAAUCCUUAAAACUUGCAUGUGGAAGCAAUCAACUUACAUUCGAAUGCAAUUUGAUGCAUAUUCUAAUA